AUGGCUGGGGCGGCCAUUGGCGUCGUGGCGCUGUUCUUGGCUGCAGCUUCAUUUGGGGUUAAUGCCAACACGGACUCGAAUGAUGUGAAUCCUCUCAAUGUCUUCUACACAACCAUGAAUUCGCCACCGCAGCUGACGAACUGGGUGUCCCAAAAUGGGGAUCCCUGUGGGCAGUCGUGGCUGGGGGUCACCUGCUCGGGUUCCAGAGUGACAGCAAUAAACUUAUCUGGGAUGCGGCUUAACGGCACCUUGGGUUACAACAUGAACCAGCUGACUGCACUAGUUCAGCUGGAUAUGAGCAACAAUAAUCUUGGAGGCAGUGACAUUCCUUAUAAUCUUCCUCCGAAUCUCCAGAACCUAAAUCUUGCAGUAAAUAACUUCACUGGGACAGUACCUUACUCCAUCUCCCAGAUGGUUGCACUUAGGAAUUUAAAUCUUGGUCAUAAUCAGCUCUCGAACAUCAAUGAUAUGUUUAGUCAGCUCACAAAUUUAACAACGCUGGAUCUGUCAUACAACACAUUUUCUGGUAAUAUUCCACAAAGCUUUAACUCCUUGACAAGUUUGAAAACACUUUACCUUCAGAACAACAAAUUUAGUGGCACAAUAGAUGUUCUCACCAAUCUUCCUCUUACUGACUUAAAUGUUGAAAACAACCAAUUCACCGGUUGGGUACCUGAUAAACUUAAGGGAAUCAAUAAUCUCCAGACAAGUGGAAACUCGUUUAACAAUGGCCCCGCUCCACCACCUCCACCACCUCCACCACCUCCACCACCAUCACUAUCACCACUAUCACCACUAUCACCACCAUCAACAAAUACCCCUCCUCCCUCUCAGCGACCUGCUGUUCCAAGUAGUGCUGGUAAAGAUACCCCAGCCAAAGAUGGUGGCAAACACUCGAAACUUGGUGGUGGUGCAGUAGCAGGAAUCGUAAUAUGUUUGCUCAUUGUUGGGGCAAUAGUUGCAUUCCUUGUGAUCAAAAGGAAAUCUUGGAGGUUAUCACAGGGACAAGACCCUGAACAAAAUGAACAUCUGAGCCCUCUUGCUUCUGGACUUAAACAUAUGAAAUCGAUCAAAUCUAUCAAAAUCAUAUCAACAAUUGGCAAAGAAGAAUUGCAGAAGACUGUUUCGAUGAGUUUGAAGCCUCCAACAAAAAUUGACCUGCACAAGUCCUUUGAUGAAAAUGAUACCACUAACAAGUCCAUCUCAAGGAAAGUAAGUUUGUCUUCCAUCACAAUACCUGCAUACACAGUGGCAGACCUUCAGGUGGCAACAGGCAGCUUCAGUCCUGACAGUCUUAUCGGCGAGGGAUCAUUAGGCCGUGUUUACAAAGCAAAAUUCGGUGAUCAGAAGGUCAUGGCUGUAAAGAAAAUAAACUUUUCUGCAUUCCCAAGCCAUCCUUCAGAUUUGUUUGUUGAGUUGGUUGCAACCAUUUCAAGGCUAAACCAUCCAAACCUUGCUGAGCUUGCUGGUUACUGCUCAGAGCAUGGACAAUGCUUGCUGGUAUAUGAAUUCUACAGAAACGGUUCUCUCCAUGACUUCCUUCAUCUGAAAGAUGAACGCAGCAAGCCAUUGUCUUGGAACAACCGUGUCAAGAUUGCGCUUGGAUCUGCAAGGGCAUUAGAGUACCUACAUGAGACUUGUUCACCCUCUGUGGUCCACAAGAAUUUCAAGUCACACAACAUUUUAUUGGAUGGUGAGCUGAACCCCCACCUCUCUGAUUCUGGGUUUGCAGGCCUUCUUUCAAAUCAGGAAUUCCAGGAAUCAAGUGAGAACUCAGGAUACAGGGCUCCUGAAGUGACCUUGUCUGGUCAGUACUCCCUGAAGAGCGACGUGUACAGCUUUGGAGUUGUCAUGCUAGAGCUUCUGACUGGCCGGAAACCAUUUGACAGGUCCCGACCGCGGGCCGAGCAGUCACUGGUCCGAUGGGCUACUCCACAGCUGCACGACAUCGACGCGCUGGACCAGAUGGUCGACCCUGGGCUGCAAGGGCUGUACCCGUCCAAAUCCCUCUCCCGCUUCGCCGACGCCAUCGUGCUAUGUGUUCAGCCCGAGCCGGAGUUUCGGCCGCCGAUGUCGGAGGUCGUGCAGUCGCUGGUGCGCCUGGUGCAGAGGGCGAACAUGACGAGGAUGCACGAGAGCCAGUCGCGGCGCCACGGCGAAUCCGGCGGGGACUACGAGUUUUAA